CCGCCGCUUCAACCCACACGGCCUCUUCUCCUUUUCCGUACUACCAAACGUCCUCUCGUUUUCCCGGCGACCGGAGAAAAUGUCCGGUGCGUGCAAUGCCAACAAGAUCCGGCACAUUGUGCGGAUCCGGCAGAUGCUGCGGCAGUGGCGGAAGAAAGCGGCCGCCGCGGCGCGUAUCUCCCGCGCUUUUGGCGGCGGGGUGCCUGCGGACGUUCCCGCUGGCCAUCUGGCCGUGUACGUUGGCAAGAGCCGCCGGAGGUUCGUUGUCCGGGCGAGCUACCUCAACUCGCCAGCCUUUCGUGCGCUUUUGACCCAGGCAGAGGAGGAGUACGGCUAUGACCACGCCGGCCCGAUCGCCAUCCCCUGCGACGAGAUCCUCUUCGAGGAGAUCCUGCGCCUCAUCGGCGACGGCGACGCUUCCGUCGGGUCCCGGAGCUCCCGCCGCCGUCCCUCCGCCAUCUCCGCCACCGACGAGCUGCAGCGACGGUGCUACGACGGGAAGUUCUGGGCGGAGUCGCGGCCGCUGCUCAACGGCGUCGCCGAGAGAUCCGUCGUGUAGUGGAAGCGACCCGGAUCCGGGUCUGUUUCAGCCCUAGCUGUCCGAUUACGGGAAGAGACCAGGCUUUCUCGAGAAUGACGGGUAUGUCCCUUCGAUUUUCCCGCUCCUGAUCUCUCCCUUCCGGGUGCUCUCGGGCUUCGUUCCCUCAACCAAAAGGGCAAGUGUAGGCACAAAGAAUGGUCGCUGGGGGUGUUUUCGUCCACAAAGAAACAACCACUCAGUCAGGGUACUUCAGUAAUCUUGGUUUGCGGCAACGGAUUGGUGAUUGUGUUGAUGGUCAUGCGUAAUUCACAUGACGGAUUCGACCUCCCUUCCCGUUCAUUGCUGUUUUUUUUUUUCAUUUCUUUUUCGUUUUUUCAUGUACAUAAUUCAUGGAGGACAAUUUUUCCUAUCCUCUUGCGACGAAUUUGCCAUUAAUCAAUGGUCUUAACUGACCAAAAAGCUUCUCGAUCA